AUGGCCCCUGCUCAGAAGCGUAAGGCGCCGGUCGCGAGCUCAGAAUCACCCCCUCCACCACCGAAGCGCGCGAAGGCCCGGCCCAGUGCUGCGUCGCGUGCUGCCCGACGAGAACGCGACCAAGACGAGGAUGACAGGGGAGAGGGAUCUUCACGCGCACGGAAUCGGCGCUCGAGUGGUGCCGCAGACCCAGACGAGCAGCAACGCAGACGACAUCGAUACAGGCCGGGCACCGUGGCACUUCGGGAGAUUCGAAAGUACCAGAAGAGUACAGACCUCUUAUUGCGACGGCUGCCGUUUGCGCGCGUGGUACGAGAAAUCGCGAUGGAGAUGACGACGGAUGUCAAUGAAGAAGGCGGAGCGAUGUUACGGUGGCAAAGUUCAGCCAUCCUCGCUCUUCAGGAAGCAAGCGAAGCUUUUCUUGUCCAUCUGUUCGAAGACGCAAAUUUAUGCGCUAUUCAUGCUAAACGCGUGACUCUUAUGACCCGUGACUUACAACUCGCUCGCCGCCUACGUGGUUCCUGGCGUGGCUACAAUACCUGA